CGCCAACCUCGACAAAUAAUUUGAUACCCUUUUCGACCUCAUUGUCAGCUUCAGACCUUCACCAUGCCUAAGGCCAAUCCUACCCGCAAGACCAAGGCCACCCGCGAGACCGGCGGCCGUAAGAAGAAGGACCCCAAUGCCCCCAAGCGUGGUCUCUCUGCCUACAUGUUCUUCGCCAACGACAACCGCGACAAGGUUCGCGAGGAAAACCCCGGUAUCAGCUUCGGUCAGGUCGGAAAGAUGCUCGGUGAGAAGUGGAAGAGCCUGAGCGACAAGGAGCGCAAGCCCUACGAGGACAAGGCUGCUGCUGACAAGAAGCGGUACGAGGAUGAGAAGGCCGCAUACAAGGCCGGUGAAGCCGAAGAGGAUGAGGAGUCGUCCUAAACACCUUAGUGUCGAGUCGCUUGACCUCCGGCGUUGUGUGUUUUGCUUUUUCUAAUCACUGAUAAUUGUUCCAAUUUUCACUGUCUCUUUAUUAUCUGUUUGUCCUCUAUCAACGGCUUCUGGGUUGGGAUGAUGGCGGUUUGUCCUUGCUUUUCUUCUGUUCAUGAAGGAUCUUCAAUGGGAAUGUUAGUGUAUGGACUGGGUUUGCUUGAAUGAGGUGCUCGGCGCUGAUACCUGGUCGUCGGAGACCUUGGUUCGAGUAAUGAAAUGCCAUUGAGUGGAAUUGAG